AGCCUACCACAGAUGCCAAACGAAUUCAUUACUUAUUGGGACACAAAAGUUGAGACUAGGCAUCCAAUCCGGCUUUAUUCUAGGUACAUAGAUCGGGUUCAUAUAUUAUUUCGCUUCACCCAUGAAGAGGCUCGGGACCUCAUUCAGCGGUAUCUGACUGAGCACCCUGACCCUAACAAUGAGAACAUGGUGUGGUACAAUAAUAAGAAGUGUUGGCCAAGGGAUGCUAGAAUGAGUCUCAUGAAACAUGAUGUCAAUCUUGGGAGAAGUGUCUUCUGGGAUAUGAAGAAUCGUCUUCCUCGAAGCAUCACAACAUUGGAGUGGGAAAACAAUUUUGUUUCUGUUUACAGCAAGGAUAACCCAAACUUGCUUUUUAGCAUGUGUGGAUUUGAAGUAAGGAUACUUCCUAAAAUUAGAAUGACUCAAGAAGCAUUCAGUAACACUAGAAAUCGUGUUUGGAAUCUCCAGAAUGAACAGACCAAAGAAAGGACAGCUGUUGCUUUCUUACGAGUUGAUGAUGAACACAUGAAAGUGUUUGAGAAUUGUGUGAGGCAGAUUCUUAUGUCUUCUGGUUCUACUACAUUUACAAAAAUUGUCAACAAGUGGAAUACAACUUUAAUAGGACUUAUGACUUGUUUCCGGGAGGAAACUGUUCAUACCCAAGAACUGUUGGAUUUGCUAGUUAAAUGUGAAAACAAAAUUCAGAAUCGUAUUAAGAUUGGACUCAACUCAAAGAUGCCUAGCAGGUUUCCACCUGUCAUUUUCUACACCCUUAAAGAAAUUGAAGGUCUUGGAAUGUUCAUAUGAAUUGGUGUGGCUCAAAUCCUUGUAUUGAUAGUAUGUUGGUACAAAUUCACUAAACUAAAUUGAGUACAUAUAUACUAAAUUUAGUUAUUAGCUUUGUCAAGUUACCAUAUGCUACAUUCUUCCAAACUGUCUUCCGAAUCAGUGAGUUAUAAUGUGUUAUACCAGUACCAAGAAUAAGUAAAUAAGAAAAAAUGAAACAACUUUAUGGAAGAAUGUAAACCCUGUCUGUUUGGAUCCUCCUAACAAUUUCAGAUUAUGACCAAAAAGACCCAUUUGGCCUUAAACCUUGCUGUCCUUGUA